AUUUGCCAAAGCUUGUGUGUCGCUGCAAUUUUGCUGCAAGUUUUUUCGGCGGCACCAGAUCGUAUCUAGGGAUCAAUCAGAGACCGCAACUCCGUACCAACCAUAGCAACAUUUAAGGAUUUGGUUCGUGGACCUCCAAUUGUGCCAGGUCAAAUUCCUUUUGAGUUACAAAUUUUCAGAGCACACAUUAUGGGUCUUCUCCACCAACGUUCCCCCCAAGAUGUGACGGAACCAAACCCGUGCAGUGGUUAGCUACGGUAUGUGAGUAUUUCCAGUUUUACGAAGUCCCUUUAGUUGAUCGUUUGAACUGUGUGACAUCAAUGUUAGAGGGCUCUGCCUUGGCUUGGUUUAAUUGGCGUAUGCGUGGUGGCUUGAUUGAUGGUUGGGAGGAUUUUGUUAAAAAGUUCCAAAUACGAUUUGCUCCGCUACAUGAUUUGGAUUAUAUUUGUUUUGAGAAGACAUCGGAAAAGUCUAGAGACACAUUUGCCCACAUGGUGGAAAACACCAACACACUCCCUGCCCCAACUAUGGAGGACACAAAUAAACUAAAGGAAUCAAACGAGAAAUCUUUUAUCAAUGUGGACAAUGAUAGCGGGUCUGUAAUCGUUGGCAAUGAUGGCGGUAUUUUUGAUGAAGAUUAUGGUGCAAAUAUUCAGAGUGACGAGCCACCAAACAAAUCAUACUCUACAUCUCGUGAAUUAUCUGUCCCACUAAAUGCCUCAGUUGGGAUGACAAUUGCAGAGUAUGAAGUUCUAGCAGGUGUCGAGAAGGUGGCAGAUACAGAUAAUAAGCAAGUGUACAACCUCAAUUCAUUUGAUGACACCAUUAAGUUGUUUGAUAUUGUCGAUGUGGUCGCGACGGAGCACUUGGUUUCAGCAACUACAUAUUCUACGUGCCGCGUCUCGUAUGGCCAUCACUUUGCUUCAAGAGCCAGGAUUCUUGAAGAUUCAAAGCAUGGACUGCGCCUUUGGUUUAGUUUUAUCUCUCCAGUCCAGAAGCACGAGUGGGAGCCUCCACCUUGAGGACAAGAUUAUUUCAGAAUUUUCAAAUCCAUCUCGGAACUAAUGAGUCUUAAACGCGAGACCUACAAAUGCUCAUGAGGUGGUGAGAAAAGGAUAUCGAAUGAGCCUUCAGGGUGUUGAUGGAGAGCAACAAGUUUGCAAUUUGUUAUUACAACCCGGACGAGAAGCCGAGAAGGUGCCUACGUACGAAGAAAUCAACGAAGAAAAUAAGCAAAGAAACUGCCAAGAAAUUC